AUGGCUUCAACAGACUCCGUCCCGAAAGCCAUGGAGGCUCUGACCAUCUCCAAAACCAAGGAACUCAAAGGUACUGAGAAGCGAGACUCUCUGAUUGCUAUCGAAAAGAAGUAUCAGGAGAAAUGGCAGCAGGACCGUGUCUUCCAGCCCGAUGCUCCCUCGACCGACGAGAUCCCCCUCCACUCCAUCUCCGCCGCCGAGCUGCGUGAGCAGCAGCCCAAGUUCUUCGGAUGCAUGGCCUACCCCUACAUGAACGGCACCCUGCACGCCGGCCACUCGUUCUCGGUCAGCAAGGUCGAGUUCGCUGCUGGUGUCGCCAGAAUGCAGGGCAAGCGCGCCCUGUUCCCCAUGGGAUUCCACUGCACAGGCAUGCCCAUUAAGGCCUGUGCCGAUAAGCUGGUCAACGAGAUCAAGCUCUUCGGCCGAGACUUCCAGGGCUAUAAGGAGGAGGAGUCUGUCGUGGAGGACAAGGCUCCCGCUGCCAAGCAGACCAAGGAGGACGUGACCAAGUUCACUGCUAAGAAGGGCAAGGCCGCGGCUAAGACUGUCAAGAUGAAGUACCAGUUCCAAAUCAUGCAGGCGAUCGGCAUCCCUACCGAGGAGAUUCACCUGUUUGCCGACCCUCAGUACUGGCUCGAGUUUUUCCCUCCCCUGGCUAUCCGAGACCUGACCAACUUUGGUUGCCGUAUCGACUGGCGCCGAUCUUUCGUCACGACCGAUGCCAACCCUUACUACGAUGCCUUUGUCCGAUGGCAGAUGAACCGUCUGAAGGAGCUCGACAAGAUCAAGUUUGGUAAGCGAUACACCAUCUACUCGAUCAAGGAUGGCCAGCCCUGCAUGGACCACGACCGAGCCGAGGGUGAGGCCGUCGGUCCUCAGGAGUACACUGCUCUCAAGCUCAAGGUCUUGGAGUGGGCUCCCAAGGCCGCCGAGACUCUCAAGGGCAAGCUCCCCGAGGGAUCCAACGUCUACCUUGUUCCCGCGACUCUGCGUCCCGAGACCAUGUACGGCCAGACCUGCUGUUUCGUCGGCCCCAAGAUCACCUACGGUGUCUUCAAGGCCAACGAGACCGACUACUACGUUGUGACCGACCGAGCUGCGCGCAACAUGGCUUACCAGGGCAUCUUUGCUACCGAGGGUGUCAUCGAGAAGGCGGCAGAGAUCGUCGGCUCUGACAUCGUGGGCAGUCUGAUUCAUGCUCCCCUCUCCCUGCACAAGGAAGGCGUGCGCGUUCUGCCCAUGGAGACAGUUCUUCCCACAAAGGGUACUGGUGUUGUCACCUCGGUGCCUUCCGACAGCCCUGACGACUUUGCUACUGUGACGGACCUGGCGAAGAAGGCCGAUUACUACGGCAUCCAGAAGGAGUGGGCUGAGCUGGAAAUCUUCCCCAUCAUUGAAACUCCUACCUAUGGCGAUCUGUGCGCACCUUUCCUGGUCAAGAAGCUCAAGAUUGCGUCUCCCAAGGACACCAAGCAGCUUGAGGAAGCCAAGGAGCUUGCGUACAAGGAGGGCUUCUACCAGGGUACCAUGAAGGUCGGCGACUUCAAGGGAGAGAAGGUUGAGGUUGCCAAGCCCAAGGUUCGGACGCAACUGAUUGAUGCUGGCGAGGCCUUUGCCUACUCCGAGCCCGAGCGCAAGGUUGUCAGCCGAUCUGGUGACGACUGUAUUGUUGCUCUUAUGGACCAGUGGUACCUUGACUACGGUGAGGAGGCGUGGAAGCAGAUGGCCCUCAAGUGGGUUGACAAUGCCGACGGCAAGGGUCUGGAGACAUAUACCCCCGAGACCAAGAACGGUUUCGAGAGUGUGCUGAACUGGCUGAACCAGUGGGCGUGCGCCCGUAGCUUCGGCCUGGGCUCUAAGCUGCCCUGGGAUCCUCAGUUCCUGGUCGAGAGUCUGAGUGACUCGACCGUCUACAUGGCUUACUACACCAUCGCACACUAUCUCCACAACGACCUCUUCGGUCGAACAAAGGGCAAGGGCAACAUUGGCCCUGAGCAGAUGAUCGACGAGGUCUGGGACUACCUCUUCUGCCGCCGCGAACUCAGCGACGACAUCCUGAGCAGCAGCAAGAUCCCCAAGGAGACUCUGGAGAGCAUGCGCCGCGAGUUUGAGUACUUUUACCCUCUCGAUGUGCGAGUAUCCGGAAAGGAUCUCAUCCCCAACCAUCUUACCUUCUUCCUCUACGUGCAUCUGGCCAUCUUCCCACCGGAGUACUGGCCCCGAGGUGUGCGUGCCAACGGCCAUCUGAUGCUGAACGGCGAGAAGAUGAGCAAGAGUACCGGCAACUUCAUGACCCUCCGUGACCUGACCCUCAAGUACGGUGCCGACGCAUCCCGUAUUGCGCUGGCUGACGCUGGUGAUGGUGUCAACGAUGCCAACUUUGAGGAGGAUGUCGCCGACAACAACAUUCUGCGACUGUUUACUCUGAAGGAGUGGUGCGAGGAGAUGGUGCAGAACCAGGACGAGCUUCGCAGCGGCGAGAUCAACUCGUUCCAGGACGCUCUCUUCAGCAACGACCUGAACGCAAUUUCCAAGGAAGCCGUGGAGCAGUUCGCCAACACCAACUACAAGCUGGCGCUCAAGGCUGGCUUGUAUGAGCUGACGAGUGCUCGUGACUUUUACCGUGAGGCGUGCGCCGCUGCCAACCUCAAGAUGCACAAGGAUCUCGUCCUCCGGUAUAUCGAGGUGCAGGCUCUGCUGCUGGCGGUCAUCGCUCCUCACUGGUCGGAGUACAUCUGGCUUGAGGUCCUUAAGAAGGAGGGCACCAUCCACAACGCACGCUUCCCCGAGGUGGGCGAGGUGGAUGCGGCUCUGUCAGCGAAGCGAGACUACGUGCGAAACACUGCCUCGAGCGUCAACUCUGCGGAGGGACUGCAGCUGAAGAAGAAGGCCAAGGGCAAGGAGACGUCAUUUGACCCCAAGAAGCCCAAGAAGCUCACCGUCUUUGUGACGGACAAGUUCCCCGCGUGGCAGGCCAAGUACAUUGAUCUGCUGAAGGAGAUGUGGGAUCCCGAGACCAAGUCGGUCAACGACAAGCAGCUGAACGGCAAGAUUGGCAAAAUGGGAGAGAUGAAGAAGGCUAUGCCGUUUGUGCAGAACCUGAAGAGGCGUCUCCAGGCGGGCGAGCCUGCCAACGCAGUGCUGGAGCAGAAGCUGGCUUUCGACGAAAAGGAGACACUGCUGCAGAUGGUGGCUGGACUGAAGCGAACGGGCGGCCUCGUUGCAUGCGACAUCCUGUCGGUGGAGGAGGGCGGCAAGAAGGGAGUCAACCUGGCGGACGGAAAGGAGGUGGAGAUUUCUGUGCCGGUGGCCGAGAAUGCAGUUCCUGGCGUGCCAACCUUCUUCUUUGAGAACGUGGAGGCCUGA